CUGUAGUUACUUCCACAGCCAAGUGGAGGGCAGUAUAACCCCUGAGCUGUUGACUGGCUGCACGUUAUUCCACACAGAAGAAGAAACGCUGCUCAGACAGGAGGCGGUUGCAGGAGCAGAGCAGCAGGAGUCUGGAGCUGGCUACAUGUCGGUGCAGGUGCAGUGCCUGUCGUUUCGACAGCCGUACGCCGGUCUGGUUCUGGACGGGGUGAAGACGGUGGAGAGCCGCUGGAGGCCCCUGCUGGCUCCGCUGGAGAACCUGACCCUGCGGGACUGGGAGGGGGACGAGUGGCGGGCGGUGCUGAGCGACCCGCUGGGGAUGAACCCAGCUAAAAUCCAAGAGGUACUGGAGUCUGGGGAGAGGUUCGGCCGUGGUGUGGUAGCAGGACUGGUGGAUGUCGGCAGGACCUGGCUUUGCCCCGCCUCCACGCAGGGGGAGGAGCUACAGCGGCUGGAGCGUUCAGCCAUUGUGAUUGGUCUGCAGGAGAAACACCUGACUCACCUGUCCAAUCCUCGCUGGCUGAAGGAGCCGCUGAGCGCCCGAGGAAGUCGUGACCUCUGGACUGUAGAGAUCCCUGCUGAGCUGUUACCAUGACAACACAUGAUGCACACAGACAACAACGUCUUGGAGUGGGUGGGUGGGUGAGAGAGAGACUGAUGGAUUGUCAUGAAUCCCUGACCAGCAGGUCACAGUUCACACCUGUCCAAGGCCUCACUUCCUCAUUAGAGAUGAAUGCUGAUGUAGCAUGCUAACAUGCUAACACUUUAUAUGGUAAAUUUUUAUAACGUAAUAAAGUCACCGUUGCCAGA